UAUUUAUUUAGUAUGUAUAUUAUUAUUAAUAUGUCUAUGUAUUUAACCGCUCUGUCUGUCUGUCCCCCCGGGCACUGCACUGCGCAGGCGCGGUCCGGCAGCCCGUCGUCAUGGAGACGGUUUGUUGUUUGAGACCAUAGACUGUAUAGUUUGAGACCCGAUAGAAGCUUAAAAUCUCCUGGAAACUCCUUUAAACACCUGGAAACACACAGAGAGCUGCAGGUGAUGGCGACCUCACAGAGUGAUGUCAUCGACUUCUCAGCGCUGGACCAAGAGCUGCAGGCAGCGCUCGAGUCAGACCGGAUCCACCAGAACCAGAACCAGGCCAAGCUGAGAGCCGUCAGCCAGGGAGUCCCCUACAGCCAGUUCAGGGACCUGGUCCUGGCGAGUCACCUGAGGCCUCUGGAGCCGAAAGAUAAACAAGCGUCACCAUGGAAACAGACGUGGAGGAGCAGCGACGCACAUCAGUGAAACUAAACUUUUUGUUUUUUGAGUUAAUAAAACAAUUUUGAGAUUCAAAAUGUUUUUAACUCAUUUAUUUAUUUGUUCUUGGAAAAGCUGGAAGCCAUAUCAGGAGAUAAAUCCUUGAAAGUUUUGGAAAAGUCUAUAAUUUACAUUUAUUUAUUUACUGAGUUAUCUUCA